AUGCCUCAAGGACGUCCGAGACGACCAGGUACAGAAGCCGAGCGCGCUGAAGCACGAAGGCAACAAGUCAGGGAGAACGUGCGGGCAUUCCGUCAAAGAAACAAGGAACGAGGUCUUUCAGACAACACAGUAAACACUUUAGCCGGCAUCGAAGACAGCACCUCCAACACAUCGAACCGCCCAUCACAAGACAAAUCAGGACCUUCGUCAUCCUCUAAGUCCUACGAGACUCCGCCACCACCAGGUCAAGUCUCAGUCACACGCUUUGCGGUCGACAAGGGUGUCAAAUGGUCGCUAGGCCUUCCAUUCAGGAUAGAUCUGGGACCUGCUUACUCCGGGGCUUUCAUUGCUGCAUUCAACUACCGAAACCAACCAGCUCCAAAUGCAGGAACUCUAGCGACAACUCUAAAUCCGGAAGUAAUCCCAUCGAUUUCUGCAAGAUCCCUGGUUCCCACCUCUACACAAGCAUCGAACCCACCUUCACCUGAUGUUCUCAGGGUCGAGAUAUGCUACAACUCAUGGACGACCGCGGUUUCUAUUGAGGCAAUGUCAUCAGGUGGACAAAUGCUCAAAGAGGCUCUGCUUGCCGCCGCUCUGAGUCUCAUCAGUAUCGAAAGGAAUGAUAGGAGGAUAUCAGCGCAGGCAAUGCAGAUUCAAAUCAUUGCUUUGCGAAGACUCCGGGAAGGUUUCAACCAGUAUGUUGACGAUAAGGACCCUGAAAAAGCUACCAUGCUCUCUGCAACUGCAUUGGCUUGUUCGAUGUCAGAUCUAUUGGUCCACAAAUCCUGGCCCGGCUUUUCGCUGCAUCUGAAAGGUGUGGGAGCUUUGAUUGAACAUGCUGGUCCGGCAGCCCUCCACACCUCUGCGGCCCAAGAGAACUUUCUCGGUUAUCGUACAGCCCAAAUUUCGUUCAGUUUUCUGGAGCGAAGAGGGUCAUUCCUCUCACGACCUGAGUGGACUGACUUUGAUUGGAGAGAUGACCACCCGCAUUUCCGCCACCCGGCUCACAGCCUACUUGAUAUCGCAUAUCAAAUACCUGGGCAAAUGGAGCUAUUCGACAGAUGCGCCAAUCGAAGUCCGGGUGCCUUACGCCGACAUCUCAAAAGGUUGAAUGGCUUGGUCUCAGAUUUGAACGAGUGGAAGACAGACCUUUUCGAAGAAUACUCGUCAGAGAUAUACAGCACUGAAGCAGCGAAUUGGCACGGGCUCCACACCGACGUAAUCAAAUUUUCCAAUAUCACUGUCGCUACUAGUUUCACUCUUUUCACCGGCGUCCGAGUCGCCCUCUUCUCUCUUGUCCGACAAGUCGCAGAAGUACUCAAGGAGGAUGACCCGUCAGCUAUACCAGUCCUGAAUUUCGCCAUCCAAGAGAGCUACAAAUGGUCGAGAAUAGCAUGAUGAAUAUGGCGACUGAGCUGCAGUGGUGUACAGCAACAUCGGAAAGGAUCAAGGCGACUGGUUUGCCUGUGUUUAGACAACGGGGUUGAAUCCCACUGUUGCUUUUUGGUCGCAUUGGAGCUGUUCAUAAGCGUUUUGAUUUUGUUACGAUUAUGUUUCUCCAAAAGCGUGUGAUCGCUGGUUUCGAUCUCUUUUUGUAGUUCGGGUGCUUUAUUUCUACACGUACAUACCAGCAACUUUGUUCUCUCUUUGUCUUUCUUAUCUUUACCUCUGCAUCAACAAAGCAUUGCGGUGUACCGGACUUCUGGCAUAAAAUGGCGCUGCAUUUAGGCUUGCUGCAUCGGCAUUGUAUUUACCUUUCUCUACCCACCUCGUAUAUAGUAGUGCGACAUACCCAGAUAGAUCACCACUAGCAUUUUACAUGCUGCAUAUAAAAGAAAUCAUACCAUUGUUUCCUCAAUCUACAAGUUGACUGUUCAAGCUUCUUCGUUAAUCGUUAUGCUCACCGUUUCAGGUCACAGUUUGCACCUUGUAAGCUCCAAUAAGUGAGCAGCCAUUCUACAGUCCCUAUAUUAUCGCAAUGUAGUCGGCUCUCGGCAAAGCACCCCGCUGUGUAAGCUCAAAUCAGAUCUCAUUCAGUCCAUCGAUGAUUCCAUGACCGCCAUUUCUUCCUCACUCUACAUCAGCGACAUUGCGGAUAUUCCAGAAUCCUUCCCAGAAUAUUCCAUAUCAUUUCCUGUUCCUGACAAGAUCUCGCAUCAUAACGUCAUCAUGUACGUAAAGGGACAUAACACCACGCUUCGCUAAAGCCGUGAGCACAGGGGUUUGCGGACGAAGCCGUAGAGCGAGGCUUGCCAGAUCCAGAUUAGUGAUCGUCGAGCUCGGUAUUCGUGACCUGAACCGAGGGCGUGGGCGAGCACCAAUGAGAUGCGUGGAGUCGGUCAGGAUGCGGGUCAGAUGUCAGCUGUG